AAAUUAGCAGCUCGAUGUUCUCACUCCUGACAAGGGAAGACGUCCAUAUCUGCAUUCACUCAUCUGCGUCCUUUGAUAGGUGCACGUAUCAUGCCUGAACUGCUGUGCACUUACCAAGCGCUAUUCGCGAUCUAAUAAGUUCACCUCGCUGGGUGGCUCCAACAUGUCUGGUCCAGCACUUUCAUUGUCUACUGUUAACCCCCUCGGAAAACCAACUGACGCCGAGGGGCAUCCGGACGUGCCUUACGAACCUUUGACUUCGGAGGAACAGUCUCAGAGCGACGACAUGCCUCUCAAGGAUACAUACGAAAUGUCAGAGGGAAGACCAGGGGAUGCUGUAGCUCAGCUUGCUGCUAUUGCCUCUGUCGGCAUAUUCCUUGCGGCCACUUGGCUUGUUGCCCUUGUCGACCCGUCAUCCUACGGGAUUUUCACUUUGCACCCUCUUUUGAACAGUCUUGGAAUAGCACUAUUCACAUAUGGCAUUUUGACACUGCAGCCUACAUCAAGACCCAAGACGAAGGCUGCUGGACUUGUCCGUCACCAGCUGACCAUAUUUGCCCUAGGAUAUCCUCUUCUCAUUCUAGGCACUUCGGCUAUCUUCUAUAACAAGUACAGGCACGGAAAUGCGCACUUUACUACAUGGCAUGGGAUGUUCGGUAUCAUCACCCUAGCACUAUCCAUCCUGCAGAUCGGUCUUGGUGCUGGGAGUGUCUGGUUUGAUGGGUGGCUGUUUGGUGGUAACCCAAGAGCCAAGUUUGUAUGGAAGUACCACCGGCUCCUUGGUUACAUCACUUUCCCGCUAUAUUUGUUUACCGCAUAUCUAGGUGGUGCAUGGUCAAAUUGGUCCGUGAACCACAGCGCGUUUGUCGUGCGCUUGUUUGCUUAUUGGAUCGCGCCGCUGGUCCUCACAGUGGCCGUCUUUGCGAGGAUCAGGACGUCAAAGAUAAAUUUCGGUUUCUGAUAGACUUCCUUCAUCGUGUGUCGCUUCUAUCUAAUGGAAUUUACUGCUCCAUCGGUCUGAGUAACAUUUGGUUGACCUGCCCCGAAUACUGUUGUGCUUGCUGAGGCAGCCGUUGACAAUUGCAUCGCAACAACCCGCUCAGACCGUUCAAGACAUCGCUCGGGGUUCCAACUCAAAUAGGAUGUCCUCCGAUAUCUUCGGCAAGAAUCAUUGCUCGGGAUGUACCUGCAGGUCCUAAUCUUAUUCCCGUAUUUCAAAUCUGUUUAAGUACCUGCCUGGAACGUCCAAUACCCUCCUUUCUGUUCUCGCACAUUUGGGUUCUUGUAUAUGCGAACGACACAUUAAUGCGGGACGGGUCACCGCUU